ACAGAAAUUCUGUAAUCCUCGCUCUGAACAGUAACUACCUGGUGCUGUGCUGUCUCUUUAAGAAGCGCACAGCUGCUCAGUAAAAAAAAAAAAAAUAAUCCAAGCUGCUUGAUAAGGAUACUGCCUUUUCCUUAUUCCAUCAUCACAGCUCUUGCUUCUCCCUUCACCUUCGGUGUGGUGACCUCCGAAUUGCCUCGUCAGUUCGCAGGCUUUGCAGAGUAUGUCACACAGGCGCCUCUGCAAAGCACACGGGGUGUCUGUGCGUCGGUGACCACGUCCCUUUGCUGUGACAGACACCGGGCAAGCCCAGGGAGGCUAAACCAAAGUGGAGUAGCUGGAAUGACCAUGGAAUUUAAACAUAUUACAUGUGGAGAGCCAGAGGGAUUGCUAUAGCCUGAAAGAUUUCUACAUGGUGGGUGCAAUCCUUCUGUUAUACAAGUGUCCGGGGUUCUUAAGCAAGCUCUGUAGCACCUAUAAGAUGAGCGUGUACCUAAAGCUGCAGGUUGCUGGGAGAGGGGAGAGACGUGGGGAGAGCCCCCCAUUGCAGCUCAGGGCUGCGAUGAUGCAGCAGUCAGCAAAACCCAACAGCAAACGAACUCGCGAGGUGUGGACGGGGCGUUUCUCCCUGCUGGCAGGCUCCGAGCAGGCAGGCUGCGAGCUUUCCGAUUCAACCCGCUGCUCACGCGUUUCCGUAGAGGCGACAGAUUCAAAGCCAGCCACACACCAAGGAGCAAAGGCAGCCCCGCACGCUGGUGCUGCGCUCCCCGCUCAAGGUGCUGCCGCUUUAAGAAGGCGCUUGGCACCCGGCCAGACAGACGGGCCAGACAGACGGACACGUACGCAUCCGGUUCAGAGGUGGCACUGGCAGCAGCGACGCGAGCAGGGCUGCGUGACAAGCUGCCAGCUCCAAGGAUGCUGCUCGGCAUCUUCCUCCAGCGAUGCAUGCAGCUCCUCCUCCUGCCCCUCCACGCACUCGCCUGCCUGGGCUUAUGGGACUCCUUCUAUAAGAAAGUCUUCCCAUAUGUCAUGGCGAAGGUGACGCUCAUCUACAACCGUAAGGUCUACAGGCAAAAACAAGAGCUGUUCAGCAACCUAAGAAAAUUUGCAGGCCCUUCGGGGCAGCUCACGCUGCUGGAAAUCGGUACAGGCACCGGCACCAAUUUCUCGUUCUACCCAGCGGGCUGCCGGCUGACCUGCACCGACCCCAAUCCGCAUUUCCAAAAGUUCCUUCUCAAGAGCCUCUCGGAGAACCGGCACCUUCAGCUUGAACGUUCAGUGGUUGCUUCUGGCGAGGAUCUGCAUCAAAUACCGGACGGCGCCAUGGACGUGGUGGUGUGCACCUUAGUGCUGUGCUCUGUGACCAACAUCCAGAAAGUCCUGCUGGAGGUUUUGCGGGUGCUUAGGCUGGGUGGAGCUUUCUACUUCUUGGAGCACGUGGCUGCAGAUCAUUCCAGUUGGACCUACUUUUGGCAAAAGGUCUGUGACCCGGUCUGGAAGUAUUUUGGAGAUGGGUGUUCCCUGAGCAGAGAGACACAGAAGGAGCUGGAGAAAACUAAUUUCUCAGAACUGAAUUUGAGGCGCAUUCGUGUCAAACCUUACUGGAUUCCUACUAGUCCUCAUAUCAUUGGGUAUGCAGUGAAAUAAAUGACCAGGAGCCCUGCGGGGCCUCCCUUCAGUACUCCUUUUGUGCUUUAUAGAAGGUUUUUCACCCUUGCGGUCAGCCCAUACACAGAACAAAAGUAUGGAAAACUUCCUGAGCAGCCACAGUUCAUUCCAAGCGGGAAUCCCAUUCUUCCAUUGGUUAGGUAGGUUAUGUGGAUAGAGCUCUGAAACAGAGCUGCAGCACAGGGCCUGGGCAAACUGGAAAGAAGCCUAGGCAACAUGUUUCAGUCCAAUAAAGAAUAAAGGAGGAGUCAGGAUCUUGGAGAGCUGAGAAGGGGGAGAGAGAAGAAAGGGAGCAGAAGAUACACAGAAGCAAGUACAGAGGGCUAAUGUUUUCCUGAGGGCAGAGAAUAAAGCCCAGCCCCUAACGUUUCCAAUACAGGACACAUGCAUAAUAAAUACAGCAUCACUACGAGCACUUUCAUUUCAGUCUUCCCAUUAUGAAAUAUAUUUACGAGCAGGCAUUCACUCACCCGUGCCAGUGCAAGUCCUUCCUGACAGGACUGUUGUGUAUUCAGGGAAGCGCUCGUAACACCACCAGGUCACUUGCCACGCUUCUCACUGGCUGUUAGACGCUAAUGCUGUCAGCACAGAUUUAACUUGAAACAGCCACCUACAAAGCAAAAAAAUGGAAUUUCUUUUUACCCUGGGAGAAAAUUAGCAUUUGUUAAAUCAGAUGGCAGGGAUCUCAUCUCCACUGUAAAAUGCUACUACGAGAGCAGCCAUGUCCUUAGAGCCCUUUUAUCAUGCUGUAGUAACGUGUUUUAGCUUUGCUUAAACUCUUGCUUUUCUACUCUCCCUCUGAUCGGGAUCACACCUUAAAGAGCUCUCUUUUAAAAGCCAGGAGUUUCAUUAGCAGUGUUUCCCAGUUCAACUCCCCUAGGACACCAAGAGAAGGUGCUGCUGCCUUGGCCACUGUUCAACUUUUCUGUGAUUCCCUGCGAUAUAGCAACGAGGAACUAAAACCUGAAACAGAUUACAAGAAACGAAUGCAUUAAUGUCUCUAUUUGGUGCUCCAUACACAUCCAGCCAGUCUACACAGAGAGUAAUUCCCCUUGUUCCAAUUUGUUUCUCCAAUGCAGUUGCCACAAGGUGGAGAUAUGAGGGUAUGGCGACAGAGUUCGUUAAUAAAGCAGUCUGUAACGAUGCUGCCGUA